CGGGUCCCCGCAGCCCGCACGCCCUCGUCAUUGGUGGAGACAGAGGGGGGGUCACCCCCGGGGGGCGAAUGGUACAGUCCUCCGCCCGCGCUCUAGCCCGGCCCAACGCGAGUGAGCGAGCCCCCGCGCAGCCGCCGCUGACCGUGGAGCCCCAAGCCCAGUCCAGGACGGCGAUGGAGGGAGUGAGCAGCCACCGCACCCUGUCCUACAGCCGCUGGAGCUACGAUAGUGUCCUAGAUGAUGAGGGCAGCAACCUGAGGCAGCAGAAGCUUGACCGGCAGCGGGCCCUGUUGGAGCAGAAGCAGAAGAAGAAGCGCCAGGAGCCUCUGAUGGUGCAAGCCAAUGCAGAUGGGCGACCCCGGAGCCGGCGGGCCCGACAGUCAGAGGAGCAAGCCCCCCUGGUGGAGUCCUACCUCAGCAGCAGUGGCAGCACCAGCUACCAAGUUCAAGAGGCCGACUCACUUGCCAGUGUGCAACUGGGAGCCACCCGUCCACCAGCACCAGCCUCAGCCAAGAAAACUAAGGCAGCAGCUGCAUCGGGGGGCCAGGGUGGGGCCCCUAGGAAGGAGAAGAAGGGAAAGCAUAAAGGCACCAGCGGGCCGACAACUCUGGCAGAAGACAAGUCUGAGGCCCAAGGCCCAGUGCAGAUCCUGACUGUGGGACAGUCAGACCACGCCAAGGAUGCAGGGGAGACAGCAGCCGGUGGGGGCUCACGGCCCACCGGGCAGGACCUCCGUGCCACGAUGCAGAGGAAGGGCAUCUCCAGCAGCAUGAGCUUCGAUGAGGAAGAGGAGGAGGAUGAAAACAGCUCUAGCUCCUCCCAGCUAAACAGCAACACCCGCCCUAGCUCUGCCACCAGCAGAAAGUCCGUCAGGGAGGCAGCCUCAGCCCCCAGCCCAGCAGCCCCAGAGCCACCAGUGGAGAUUGAGGUCCAGGAUCUAGAGGAGUUUGCUCUGAGGCCAGCCCCACAGGGGAUCACUGUCAAAUGCCGUAUCACUCGGGACAAGAAGGGGAUGGACCGGGGCAUGUACCCCACCUACUUUCUGCAUUUAGACCGUGAGGACGGCAAGAAGGUAUUCCUCCUGGCGGGAAGGAAGAGAAAGAAGAGCAAAACUUCCAAUUACCUCAUCUCUGUGGACCCGACAGACUUGUCUCGGGGAGGCGACAGCUAUAUUGGGAAAUUGCGGUCCAACCUGAUGGGCACCAAGUUCACUGUUUAUGACAACGGCGUCAACCCUCAGAAGGCAUCGUCUUCUACGCUGGAAAGUGGAACGUUGCGGCAGGAGCUCGCAGCUGUGUGCUAUGAGACAAAUGUCCUAGGCUUCAAGGGACCUCGGAAGAUGAGUGUGAUUGUCCCGGGCAUGAACAUGGUGCAUGAGAGAGUCUGUAUCCGUCCCCGCAAUGAGCAUGAGACACUGCUAGCACGCUGGCAGAACAAGAACACGGAGACCAUCAUUGAGCUGCAAAACAAGACGCCGGUCUGGAAUGAUGACACACAAUCCUAUGUACUCAACUUCCAUGGGCGCGUCACACAGGCUUCUGUGAAGAACUUCCAGAUCAUCCAUGGCAAUGACCCGGACUACAUCGUCAUGCAGUUUGGCCGGGUAGCAGAAGAUGUAUUCACCAUGGAUUACAACUACCCACUGUGUGCACUGCAGGCCUUUGCCAUUGCAUUGUCCAGCUUUGACAGCAAGCUGGCCUGCGAGUAGAGGCCUCCUCUGCCUUUAGGGUGGCCCGGUCUGGAGUGGAGCUUGCCUGCCCGCCGAGACAGCUCUGCCUCCCCUCUGUUAAUAGGCCCUCAGCGGGCUUUCUGGCCUUACCAACCAGAAACUGGCGCUCUGCCUCUGCUGCUGAAGCAGGGGGAUAGCAAAUGGGUAUGAAGGGAAAAGAGUAUUUCUGCGCCCCAAGGUCACACACAUAACCAACCUUGGGUCAGUCCCCACCACAGUUGUGUUUACCACACAGGGCAGCCUCUUCAGCUGGCGGUACAGUGGAAGGGGAAGCACAGCAGGGCUGCUGUGGCCCAGCCAUCCACUCAGCCUACAAGUCAGAGGACAGCGGGUAUCCCAGGAGGUAGGGGUACAGUGAGUGCAUGUGUAUGUAUAGGGCACGUAAGUUUUACGUAGCAAAGGGCCUGGUGGUCAGCAGAAAGUGCUCCCACCUCAGAAGGGGUUAUCAAGCCUACGGGAAGUUGGGAGUGGGGCUAGGUGAGUGGCAGGACCCUGCUAGGCUUUCAGGGGCCUGGCUGUGCGAAUUAGCCGGUGGCUUACAGUGGUAGCUCAUUGGUUGCUUCCAGAAGCAAGAACCCAGCUCUCAAGGCCAAAUAUCUGAGUGGAUGGGGGUUACAGGAGUCCUCCAGUAGGCUCCCCUACAUUAGGGCUCUCCGAUGUUGAACAGCCCCAGCACAACUCCUAGGACACACGUGUAGGGAGGUUACCAUGCUUCAGAAGAACGUCCUCUCCGGAAGACACAACUCCCAUUGUUGCCAGCAUGCCCAGAUCACUGAGGGCAUUCUUAGGGGGAAUGGAACGUGGUACUUUAGGGCCACUGGAGCUCAGUAAGAGAUAGUAUGGCUCACCAAAAGCAAUGCUGAUCCCUGAGAAUAUGGGACUCUCUUGGUUACCUAACUGGUUAAUGGCGUAGUUCAGAACCUCAAAUUCCUUUGUUCCUACUGUUACCCAGAAAUUAGACUCUGGCCUUCUGGGGUCCAUUCUGCAUACCCUUUCCUUUCCCAUUUCCAGAGACUUAGGACCUCGGAGUCCAUAUCUAAGAUUGAAAACCUUUCAGUAGGGCAUCAGGCAGUUCCCUGUAGAAAGCUGUCUGUUUGGAUCUGAUCUGUGCCUGGCCCUCUCUGAGGACUUCAGGCUGUGCACAGACCUCAGCAGGGCCAUUGCACACUUUGUGGCUGGCAGCCUCGGUUCAGGGGCUGGGUCUGGACAUUCCCUCCACUGCCACUUUUCCUCGGAUGGCACCAUUCAUCUGGUGGGCUUGGGAACGCCAAGCCUUGCCUGUCAUUUGCAAGCUCCUUACCUAGAUGGGUAAGAAGCCAGUGGGAAGCAACGAACGUUUAGACAUUGCUUUAAAACAGAUAUGCUCAGAAUGGCUAAGUAGAAACUUAAAAAGUAAAGUCAUGCUUUGAAUAUGUAAAACAGGUAAGGAAGCUGGAUUGAAGUCAAUGGAAAUAUUAUUUAUGAAAAAAAAAACCCUGGAUUUUCCUAUUUCCUUCUAAGCAAGGUACAACUGCUACAGCAGGACCUGACACAGCUGAGCCAUACAUCUCCGUGAGAGGACCUUCCAGUAAGUUAGCCUUUGUUUACAGUCUAGUUUCUAGAGAGCACCCGGACUUCCGUGCUGGGGCUGGCCUAUCUCCCGAUGAAAGAUUACAGUGCCAUCUAUCUCCUUACAUUGCUGUGAUUGCCCUCCCUCCCUCCCUCCCUCCCUCCCUUGAUAAGGAGAAAUCUGACGUUAGAGCGGUGGGAACCAGACCAUCAAUCUAAUCAAGCUCUUUCUCUGGGAUGACAGUUUUAAGGUUGAACAGGCUGACUCUGGAGUCUGGUGGGUGGAAGAGACCCUGGUGGUAGCGGUGGAACUGGAAGCACAAUGGAGAACUCUUUGCCUCCGCUCUCUGCUUUAGCACACAAAAGGGGGUGUUGGCUACCUGAAUAUAAAUUUGGUUGCACCAGGAAAUAGGCCCACUAUGGAGAAAGGUAGCCUCAGCACAAGACCCGUUGUUGGGCACUGAGUGACAAGAGCAGUUGAGUCACCUGCUUCAGACCAGCCUUGGGACUCGGCUCCUGGUGACAUUGCCUUUUCUUGAGCACAGGCCCAUGGACCUCAACUACCGGGGCCCUGGGGUCACCUGGGUUCAGCCUCUCCCAUAGUAACGUUUUCUUACCUUUCACACCCUCUCCUCCUAGCUGGUCCUUGGCUAGGCAGCUGAUUGAUGUGGGAUGAGUGAACAGUCCGUAAGAGUGCGGGGCAGCUAGAACCUUAGGCAGCUCCUCUGUAUGCUACUGGCUCUCUACCCUAAAACUCUCCACCCUCUGCUCCAAAACACUUCCUCUACAGAGUGGUGAUGUUAGCUUCCCCAAGUCCGAGUCUCGCUUUUUCUGUCCUGGCUCCAAGGUGCUCUGUGUCUGUAUGUGUGUGUGUGUAUGUGUGUGCGUGUGUGCACAUGUGUCUAGAGGAAAGGGCAAUCUGCAAUCAACCAACAGAAGUUUAAGAUCAUGCUUGAGUAGGAAAAUAAGGAGGCAGUUGUGACCACUGUGGAUUAUGUUCCUUCUUUCCAUACUUUCUUCCAUGGUCCCAAGCAGGAGACUAUCGAGGAAAUGUAGUGUCGGUCUCACUGGAGGAGGAGCUGAGAUGGUGUAGUGAUGGUGCCUUAACAACCUUGACACUAAGAGGAAGCAGGUCAGGUUCAUGCCUAUGGGAAGACAGGUGUUGGGAGCCAAGAUGUGUGAUGACAGGCUGGAAGAGAACUGGUAAACCUCCCUUCUUCACUGAUGAGCAACAACAUUGUAGAAGUGGUUUAUUUUUUUCCUUCUUUUUGGAUAUGGCAAGGUAUUUGCCUCCGAACUUUAUCUAGAAGCAGUUUCUAAGUUUGAGCAUAGGGAUGACUGCUCUGAUGGGGUCUGCAGGGAGGAGCUACGUCCACAGCUCUGCUCUGCAAGCACAACACCCAUCUCCUUGGUGGACAGCCUGCCUUCCCCUCAGUAACAGCCCUGGCCUUCCCUUCUCUGUACUCCUUGCCCCAGCUGUGAUACCCUCAUGGGACUUCAGGAUGCCAGGUGCCAUCAAAGCAUGCUUUCUGUGGUGCCUAGCACUGUGACUGGGGCCCAACUGCCCUGCAGAGUUGGGACCUUACACUGCCCUAGGCUCUGGCUAGUAGACCCGCUCUAGUCUCCAGAACAGGUUAUGGGAUGGAUCCUUACUUUAGUUUAUGGCCACUUGCCCUUAUUCACGUCCAGCCUGCAAUUUUUUGUCAUUUCAAGAUCUUAAGUACUGGGAUGCAUUUGGGUUUUCAGCACAGAGGUAACUUGGUCCAGGAGUAUACAACUGCAUUUAUAGCAGCUAGCGCAUUUGAACAAACUACAUAUUCCUGUGUCUGUCUCCUUAACUGCAAGCUAAAGAUGCAGGCCUGUCAAAGCUUGGUUAGUGAAGGUUACCCCUUGCUCUCAUCACGACCUUUCCUAGCUCAUCACUGUGCCUUCUUUCUUCCCUAAGAAAGAUACUGCACCCCUCUUCUCUGUUCUCCUGCCCCUCCUCCCCCACUAAGGUCCAGGUAGAGCUGGAGACGAGGCUGAAAUUUAGGGUCUUCUAUAGAGCACCUCAGAGUAGCAUAGACGGGGAGCCCAGCUCCAGCUUGGUGAGGACAGGCAUUUCUCUUGCUGGGAGCACACUUAGCCAGUUUUCACAACGCCUAGAACAUGUAUGUCGAUUUGUCGAUUUGCACAUGAUUGUCUUUUCCUAUUUUGGAGUGGUCAGACAUUUUAUUUUUGUUUAAAAUUAUCUGGAGUUUUAGACAAACUUGCAAAACUGUGCUUUUAUUAAGUGACUUUUUGAAUAAACUUUUUGGUAUUCGGAAGCAAAUGUAUUUAUUUAUUGUAUGUGCAAUGACAAACUUGGUAUUUUCCCAUAAUGGCAUUAUGUAUGUUGUAGAAUGUAGUGUUUGUCUAAGUACAGACAUGUAUCAACACAUUAAACUUGAACUGUUUGA